AUGGGGGUGAAGUUGUCAAAAGAUAAAGCUUAUAGAGCUAAGAAAAAAGCAAUAGAAUUGAUUCAAGGUGAUGGUCGUGAACAAUUUAAACAUCUUAGGACUUAUGUUGAGGAGUUGUUAAAGUCUAAUCCAAACUCUACAGUUAAAAUUAAGUUUGAUGAUUCAUAUGGUGGUCAUGUUUUUGAAAGAAUAUAUGUGUGUUUAGAAGCUUGUAAGACAAUGUUUGCAACCACUUGUAGGCCUCUAAUUAGAUUGGAUGCUUGUUUUUUGAAAGGGGACUUUGGAGGUCAGUUAAUAGGUGUUGUUGGUAAGGAUGGAAAUAACAAGAUUUAUCCAAUCACAUAUGCCGUUGUAGAAGAUGAAACAAAAUACUCUUGGGUUUGGUACCGACUAUUCUUGAGACAAUCCAAUAUGUUGAACAUAGAUUAUGUGUUAUACACUUUUACGCCAAUUGGAGGAAAAAAUAUUGGGAUAUUAAUGAAGGAAGCUUUAUGGAGGGCUGAAGGAGAAGAGCAAUCCAAAAUGAGGUGGAAUUUAAGUGGAAUACCAUGUUUCCAUGCUAUUACAUGCAUAUGGUUUAAUAAGAAGGAGCCCGAAGAUCACUUUACUGUGUUGGCUACUUAUAGUCAUAUCAUUAUGCCAACCAAUGGGCCACAACUAUGGCCUACUAAUGUUACUCAUCCAAUCAACCCUCCAGUCAUUCGCAGAUAUAUCGGUCAUCCAAAGAAGAAUCGUAACAAGGUAAAUGAUGAACCGAGAAUAAGAAAUACACCGUCUAGAACUCUUCAAAUUGUCAAGUGCAAGAAAUGCGGGAGGUUUGGUCAUAACAAGCGAACGUGUAAAGGGAAGCGAGCUGCAGAGAGAGCAAUUCCUAAAGGUGGCAAUAAAAAGGCGGGAAAAAAGGGUGACAAGUCGGACAAAGGGGAGGGACAAACAGUUAUAGAAAGAGGGUCACAAGCAUCGCCACCAACUCAAUAA